AUGUCGUGGGCCGGCUUCAAGAAGAAUGUCAACCGGGCAACGACCCAGGUGAUGAUGAAGACGGGUCAUGUCGAGAAGACCAACGAUCGCGAUUAUGAGGUUGAGGAGAGACGAUUCAAGACUAUGGAGGCGGCAUCCCUACGACUACAAAAAGAGGCCAAGGGCUAUCUCGAUUCACUACGAGCAAUGACGGCCUCACAAAUGCGCAUCGCCGAGACCAUCGAUGCAUUUUACGGCGAUGCCGGUGCUAAAGAUGGAGUCAGCCGGAGUUACAAGCAAGCAGUGGAAGACCUCGAUGCAGAGACGAUCAAAGCCCUCGACGGGCCAUACCGAACAACAGUCCUAGAACCGAUUUCCAGAUUCUGCUCCUACUUCCCUGACGUUAAUGAAUGCAUCAAGAAGCGCGGCCACAAACUUCUCGACUACGAUGCCCUCCGCGCCAAAGUGAAGAAACUGGUUGAGAAGCCCGACAAGGAUGUGACCAAGCUCCCGCGCGCCGAGAAGGAGAUGGAGAUGGCCAAGGCAGCCUACGAGCAGCUCAACGAGCAGCUGUGCACCGAGCUACCGCAGCUUAUCGACCUCCGCGUGCCCUAUCUCGACCCGUCGUUCGAGGCCCUCGUCAAGAUCCAGCUCCGAUUCUGCGCCGAAGCCUACAGCCGCAUGGCCCAAGUACAGCAGUACCUCGAUCCAGAUACACGGGAGCAGUACGCCCAGGGCCAGCUAGAUACCAGGGUCGAGCAGGUGUUGCAGGAGAUCAGGGAGCUGAGUAUCAGCGGAACUGUUUAA